UCCACCGUUCGGAGGUAACGGACGAGCGAGCAGAGCGGGACUGCCGUCGGUAACCGGAUACCACAUCAGUCUGCAAGGCGCGGGAACACGGGGGGUGACUCCGUAUCGAGGUGGCGGUCCCGCAGAUUCGUGCGGCGAUGCUGAAUAUGUGGAAAGUUAGAGAGCUGGUGGAUAAAGCCACCAAUGUGGUAAUGAACUAUUCUGAAAUCGAGUCCAAGGUGAGAGAAGCCACCAAUGAUGACCCUUGGGGACCAUCUGGACAGCUGAUGGGAGAAAUAGCAAAAUCUACCUUCAUGUAUGAGCAGUUCCCAGAAGUAAUGAACAUGCUGUGGACCAGGAUGCUAAAAGAUAACAAGAAGAACUGGAGACGAGUGUACAAGGCUUUACUGCUACUAGCUUACCUGAUCAGAAAUGGGUCUGAGAGAGUUGUCACAAGUGCCAGAGAGCACAUUUAUGACCUACGAUCUCUAGAAAACUACCACUUUAUUGAUGAGAAUGGAAAGGAUCAGGGUAUCAAUGUGCGUCAGAAGGUGAAAGAGAUGGUGGAGUUUAUCCAGGAUGAUGACAGACUCAGAGAAGAGAGGAAAAAGGCCAAGAAGAACAAAGACAAAUAUAUCGGAGUCUCUUCUGACAGUAUGGGGGGAGGAGGAAGCUUCAAGAACUCUAAUGAAUUGGAUCAUAAUAAAUGGGAUGAGGACUGGGAUAAGAGCAGAGGAGCGUUUCCCUUUAGUGAGAAGCUUGGAGAGAUCAGUGACAAGAUAGGCAGUACCAUCGACGACACACUUAACAAGUUCAGAAAGAAGGAACGAGAUGACUCGCCUGACCGAAUCAGUGAUAAGGAGGAGGACCGAGCAUCGAGGAAUGGCAGGCAGGAAAACAUUGAGUUCAAAGAUGAGGAGGAAACUGUAACAACAAAGAGCAUCCAGAUAACACAAGCAACAGAAACGACAACAACCACCACACGUAAACGCACUGGAGCAACAAGCAGCAAGAUUCUGGACUUGGGUGCUGCAGCUCACUACACUGGAGACAGGAGCCCAGAGGAGAAGUCAACGGUCAGGCAGUCUUCCAGUAGUGGUCUCGCUGAUCUGUUAGUGAUUGACCCAUCGUCUAAUCAGAAUGCACCAAGCACAAUGGGUGGAGGUCCAGACCUCAUUGGUGGCUUUGCUGAUUUCUCCUCUCCUGCCGCCUCUGCCAGCCUCCCGUCCUCCACUGGUGCUGGAUCAUCCAGUGUGAAUGGAGAAUAUGGAGAUUGGAAUGUCUUCUCCACCAAUCAGCCAGCUUCAUCUAACACUGAUCCCACCCACACUAUCACUGACCUGUUUUGCAGCAUCCAGUCAAAUUCAAGUCCAUCCUCUAAUCCUACCCCUGUCCCACCUUCUGCUGAGCUUUUUGACCUGAUGGGUGGUAGUAACCAUCAAGUAAACAAUCUGCAUGCAACACUGAAUGCCUCUCAGAGCAUGACUUUCUCUCUGGGAGGAACAACGCCAGGAGUACCUGUCACUAUACCCACAGUGCCGCUUUCACGCUCUCAGCAGAGUUUAGGAGGUCCCAUUGGCCAGCAGCCAUUAGGACAGCAGAAGGUUGGCCAAGGAUCAUUGGGCUCGACCUGGUCUGACCCGUCUGUCAACAUUAGCCUGGAUUUCCUGUCAGCUGGUAUCAACCCCACAAAAACUCCACCCACUCUUAAUAAUAUCAUCCAGCAACAAGGCAUGCCUCCUGUCAACCUGUUGGCCCAGACCUUUGGAGGAAUAAGCCUCGGCUCCUCGCCCCAUGUAACACCCAUCAGACCUGCUGUUAAUUCUGUGAUGACAGGCAACGCCAUGACAGUGGGCAUGCCUGCAUCUAUGGCAACGACUACUGUGGGGAUGGGUGCUCUUCCUGUCAACCAAGCCAUGGUGGGAAUGAACAUGAAUAUGGGCAUGGCCUCUCCGUUUAUGAUGGCUGGUAUGACUGGCAUGGGUGUGCCUGGAGUGGGGAUGGGCCUCGCACACUCCAUCACACCAGCCAUGGUUCCACCCAAACAAGAUGCCUUUGCUAACCUUGGCAGUUUGGGCAAGUGAAUGAGUGCAUAUAGUGAGUGUGUGUGUGUGUGUGUGUGUGUGUGUGUGAGAGAGAGAGAGAGAC